AUGCCCUGCUACUCCGCCUCCAAUGUGCGGUUCGUCAGCGCGGAGUCGCAGCUGCAGCAGAAAUGCCAGGAGCUGAGGGCCAGGGCGCGGGCUCAAACCGCAGCCUACCGUCCUCCUGCCGGCGGCUUCCGCCCCUCCACCACCUCCUUCGGCUGCUUCAGGAGGAACCCGUGCGACCAGUCGGCGGCCUACGACCAGAAGCAGCUGAAGCGCAACGAGCGGGAGCGGAAGCGCAACCAGGGCACCAAGCAGGUGGUGCUGCGAGCGGGAGAGCUGCGGCGCCUCAAGGAUAAGGGGAAGCUGGAGACAGUGGGCGAAAAGCUGGAGAGGAUCGAGCAGCAGGAGGAGGAGCACCGCAGGCAGCUGCAGGCGGUCGAGGAGACGCGGCGGCGGUUCAGGGCCAUCGACGAAGCCCGGGGAACGGGAGCUUCGGAGGUCAGGAGCAACAUGCUCAGCGAGAUUCUGGAGGAGCGGCAGUCGGUGCUGAGCCGCGCCUUCCUGGCGCGCCAGGAGCAGGAGCAGGAGGUGAAGCAGAUCAACCGCAUGAUCCUCGACGCCAAGUGCAAGGCGGUGCGGGAGGCGCAGAUCCAGGAGAAGCACCUCCUGAGCAAGGCGCUGCGCGAGGACGACGAGCGGCUGGCGCGGAUGGUGAACGAGCGGGCCCAGAAGGCGCUGACCGCCGAGGACGAGCGCGAGCGACUGGAGGUGGAGAAGCGGAACCGCUACGCCCAGGAGAUCCGCCAGCAGCUGUCGGAUCGCGAGAACGUCCGCUUCCUGGAGGCCAAGCGGGUGGCCGACGAGGCCAAGGACAUCCGGCGGGCCACCGAGCUGCUGCGCGGCCAGGAGGAGCAGCAGCGGGCCUUCGCGCAGCUGAGGAAGCAGCGCUUCCGCGAGGAGCUGCAGCGCAUCCGGGAGAUGUCGAACGUGUUCAAGACGAUGCUCAGCGAGCAGGAGCGGCUGGCGGAGCUGCGGGUGACCGCCUACAUGCGCGAGAAGCAGGAGAAGGAGCGCCAGCUGAAGGAGAUGCAGCGGCUGGCGAAGAAGGAGUUCGAGCGCCGCCAGCAGCGCAUCUUCACGGUGGCGGCCGAGGCCAUGGAGACGCGCCAGACCAACGAGGAGCUGAAGUACCUCAAGGAGCGGGACCGCGUGGAGCGCGAGUACCGCCAGCGGGAGAAGGAGGCGGCCAUCGCGCGCCGGGAGGCGGAGCGGGACCUGCUGGAGGCGCGGGCGCAGCAGGCGCAGGAGAUGAAGCAUCGGCUGGCCCUGGAGAUCGCCCACGCCGGCGAGGAGUUCGCCAAGGUGAUGGAGCGGAUGCGCGAGGAGGAGGAGCGCGAGAAGGCCGUCGACCGGCAGCGGGACGCCCAGCGGCAGGCGUACCGCCAGGACCUGCGCCAGCAGAUGAGCGACAAGCAGGCGGAGCGGCGGCGCCUGGCCGAGCAGGAGGCGGCCAGGGUGCGCAAGUGGCUCGACCAGGAGAAGCAGCGAGACGCCAACAUCCAGGCGGUGAUCAGCGCCAAGAUCGCCGCCAUGCGCGAGAACUGCCUGCCGGAGAAGUACCUGCGCGAGGUGGAGAAGCAGCUGAAGAGCAUCCAGGGCAGCCGCAACCGGAUCCGCUGA